CGCUCCUGCUUCUGCUAGUGCCGUUUCCGUCGCUCAGCCGCCGGAGAGAGCCCAACAUGCUGCCGCUCCUUCCCCGGCUCCGCCACGCCCUGCUCUCCGGCCCCUGGCAGGCGGGGCUUGCAUGGCAGCGCGCUGCCUCUGUGAAGGUGACCAAUGAACCUGUCUUGGCGUUCACCCCAGGCAGCCCUGAGCGAACCGCCCUGCAGCAGGCCUUGAAGGACCUGAAGAAUAAGACAGAAGCCAUUCCAUGUGUCAUUGGGGAUGAAGAGGUGUGGACCUCAGACGUGCACUACCAGGUCUCGCCUUUUAACCAUGGACACAAGGUGGCCAAAUACUGCUAUGCCGACAAGGCCCUCCUCAAUAAAGCUAUUGAGGCUGCCCUAGCUGCCCGGAAGGAGUGGGACCUGCGGCCCAUCUCGGAUCGGGCCCAGAUCUUUUUGAAAGCCGCAGACAUUCUGAGUGGCCCCCGGAGGGCAGAGAUCCUUGCCAAGACCAUGGUUGGGCAGGGCAAGACCGUGAUCCAGGCUGAGAUCGACGCCGCUGCUGAGCUCAUUGACUUCUUCAGGUUCAACGCCAAGUUUGCCAUGGAGCUGGAGGGCGAAGAGCUCAUCAGCGUGCCUCCCAGCACCAACCGGGUGGUCUACCGAGGCCUGGAGGGCUUUGUGGCAGCUGUCUCUCCCUUUAACUUCACGGCGAUUGGAGGCAACCUGGCUGGGGCUCCGGCCUUGAUGGGCAACGUGGUGAUGUGGAAGCCCAGCGACACAGCCAUGCUGGCCAGCUACGCCGUCUACAAAGUCCUCCGAGAGGCCGGCCUCCCUCCAAACAUCAUCCAGUUUGUCCCAGCCGACGGGCCCGUCUUUGGGGACACGGUCACCAGCUCGGAGCACUUCUGUGGGCUCAACUUCACCGGGAGCGUGCCGACUUUUAAACAUCUAUGGAAGCAGGUGGCAAACAACCUGGAUCGUUAUCACACCUUCCCACGUUUGGCAGGAGAGUGCGGCGGGAAGAACUUCCAUUUCGUCCACAGCUCGGCAGAUGUGGCCAGUGUGGUGAGCGGGACGCUGCGCUCCGCCUUCGAGUAUGGCGGUCAGAAGUGUUCGGCCUGCUCCCGCCUCUACGUUCCGGACUCGCUGUGGCCCAAGAUCAAAGAUAAGCUCCUGGAGGAGCACAGCCGGAUCCGAGUGGGAGAUCCUGUGGAGGACUUUGGGACAUUCUUCUCAGCUGUCAUUGACGCCAAGUCUUUUGGUCGCAUUAAGAAGUGGCUGGAGCACGCCCGGUCCUCCCCCAACCUCAGCAUCCUGGCUGGGGGCCAGUGUGAUGACUCCGUGGGCUACUUUGUCCAGCCCUGCAUCGUGGAGAGCAAGGACCCGAAAGACCCCAUCAUGAAGGAGGAGAUCUUCGGGCCCAUCCUGACAGUUUACGUGUACCCAGAAGGCCAGUACAAGAAGACUCUGCAGUUGGUGGACAGCACUUCCCCCUAUGGCCUCACAGGGGCAGUGUUUGCUCAGGAUAAGAACGUCAUUCGGGAGGCCACAGAAAUGCUGAGGAAUGCAGCUGGCAACUUUUACAUCAAUGACAAGUCCACGGGCUCAGUGGUGGCUCAGCAGCCCUUUGGGGGCUCCCGGGCAUCAGGCACAAACGACAAGCCAGGUGGCCCUCAUUACAUCCUUCGCUGGACCUCACCCCAGGUCAUCAAGGAGACCCACGCUCCUCUCGGGGACUGGAAGUAUUCCUACAUGCAGUGAGCCUUGGGGACCCGCUCCCCAUCCGUCCCAACUACUGACUACUAGUCUGCCCGCACUGUUCCUUCUCCCCCACCUCCCAGCCCUAGGGCAGGGCUCAGCUCUGGGGUGGUGAUGUCCGUGCUCACAUGCUCUCAGUGCCCGCCAGUUCUCCUAGCUCAGGCCGAGGAGGCCCCCGUCAUGCAUGAGGGGUUGGGCAGCAUCUGGAACGAGACACCUGGGGAUGGAUUGUCCUGUUCUGCCCCUGAUCGGACGCUUUUUGCACAUCCCUAUUCCACCCACAGGAUUUUGUCCUCCAGGGCAGACGUAGACUUAACUUCUCUUACCGCUUAAGGGCUGUCACUGAAUUCUCACCAGAGCCUUAAGAACUGAAGGGGAAGGCUCCCCUUUCCCUCCUUCAUCUCAGAAAUUCACCUUUAACUAAUGGUUCUUAGUGAUGGUGACCCACUUGCCUUGUUUCUCCCUCUUGGGUCUUUUCCUCUCACAUAUGGAGCCUGUUUCUCUGUUGGUAAAUAUAGAGCCUCCUUCCUCGCUCUCUGAAGGCCCUUCCUAGUCUACCUCAGCCCAGUCGGACGGUACCAGGGCCCAGGAUCUGCCCUUUCAGGCACUUUGGUGGCAGGCUGGGUCCAGACUAGGAAAUAGCCUAAGGGGUUCAGCUGGCUUCCUCCUCCUUCCUUCUCUCUCCUCUGGUUUGGUGGGGAGGGUGGGAGGGUGGGAGCAGGACCUGUGUGGGUACAGCCUUGUGCCCCAUCUCGUGGUGGCUGGAGUUUAGCUCGGGUCCCCUGGGCUCCUGGUGGCAGCCCUUCCAAGGAUGCCAGUUCCAGCCACCUCUGGCCCUGAAGCACGCUCCCCUGGGGAUGGAGAAGCCUGUAUUGUGUCUACGGGGAGUUGGCCCACCCCCUUGGGCUCCCACUCGUAUGCCUGUUGCCCUUGGAAUGCCCUGACUUCCAAAUGCAGGCACUCGGCUGAGCCUGGGGAUAGCACUUCCAUCUCUCUGUGCCUUGGUUUCCUCACCACUCAGUUACCCAGUUAGCCUGGAUCCAUCUGAUGUCACCAGUUGGUCCCCCACUUGAUGGGGUCCCACGUGAGGUCAGAGUGGGGUCCUGGGCAGUGAGUGGAUCCUGAGAUCUGAUUUGGCUUUUGGGCUACUUUGCUCUUGGAGGUGCAGUGGGAGUCAACAGAACGGCUGGUUUUGGUGUCCUCCGGAGGCUGAGAACACAGCAUCCUUGUUGGCCGUUCUGGGAUCGCCUCCCUAGCACAAGUCGGCCUGCGGGUCACGCCAGCCCCCAGGGAGCAGGGACUCCUGUGGUUCUUGCUUCGGUCCGAGGAGGUGUUUUUCUGUGGUGGAGAUGGAGUGGAAGAAGAGCCUUGGCUUGGUUCUGGACUGCGGCUUAGAACCUGGGUUUGUGCUGGACGCUUCCCGCUGCUUAAUAAAAUCUGGGUGUUUAUGAGAGCCCUCCUGGAGGCGCGCACUUGUGAGGCAGAGCUGCCCGCUCCCUCCUUCAGGGCUGGCCCUCAGAGCCCAUCUAAAGCAGAGAAGGUCCCUGUGGGAGGAAGCAGGAACCUUUUGGACGGUGUAGGACUCAGAACUGGGAGAGUGGUUGUCAGAGGGUGGCCCGGGAGACUUAGUUGUUAUUGCACACUUUAAAACAUUCUAGUAACAUUUGUAUUUAUUCAUCAUCAUUGUGGUCACAUUGUUACAAUGAUCCAAAACUACUUUGAAAGAUAGAAUAAAAAAUGCCAUCCAUACCCAGAGAGAGAACUGGCUGUGUCUGAAUACAAACUGAAGCAUAAUUUUUUUUUCUUGAAGAUUUUUGGGGAGGUGGGAUGGGGUGUAGAUAUAUUUUCCUUUGCAAUAUAACUUCUAUGGAAUUGUUUUGUACAACUUCACAUGGACCUUCUCAAUGCGGGGGGUGACGAGGAACGGAGACAAUCUGGAACUCAGAAUUUUAAAAACUAAAAAAUACAUUUUACAUGUAAUUGGGAAAAAUAAAAAUGUUAAAACAAAAACAUAAAA